UACAUCGGUUUAGUUUAAAAUAUUCGUUUAUUUCAAUUCUGAUAGAUAUCAGAAUUUAACUAGAUACUUCGUGUGUAAUAUUAUUUUAAUCUUUUCAAACUAUUUUUGUACAUUUUUUGAACAUAGUGAUAUAGUGAAAAUGCUCUAAUGAAGUUCGUUACAUAAAUUUUGAAUAGGAAAAUAUUUCUAAGUCACAUAAACUACCAAUAUGAAUAACGUGAAUAAAAUAUUAAUUAGAAAUAUUGCAAAAAGAUUUUACUCCUCUCAAAAAGGUGAGGUGACAGCCCUUUAUGAUUUUCACGUUCGGAAUGGCGGUAAAAUUGUAAAUUUUGGUGGUUUCUUAUUACCAGUUCAAUACAGUGAUCAAAGCAUUAUCAGUUCUCAUAUUUUUACGAGAAAAAAUGCUUGCGUUUUUGAUGUAUCCCAUAUGUUGCAAACUGAAUUAAAAGGCAAGAAUUGUGUGGACUUUUUUGAAUCGCUCUGUACCGCUGAUAUAAAGGGACUUAAAGACAAUAGUUCUAGCUUAACUAUUUUUACUGACAAUAAUGGAAGAAUCUUAGAUGAUUUAAUCGUUACGAAAAUAAAUAAUCAACAUCUCCAUAUUGUCUCUAAUGCUGCCAUGAGGGAACAAGACCAAAAAAUUAUAGUUUGUGGCUUGGAGAGAUACAAGAAACUUACUAAUCCCAAUGCAGAAAUAUAUAUACAGUUUUUCAAUCCACUUGAGAAAGCGCUUAUAGCACUUCAAGGACCCAAGGCCUCUACUGCACUUCAAAAAUUGACAAAUAUUGAUCUAACAAAAUUGUAUUUUAUGAACACGGCCUUAAGCAGCAUUUUAAACGUCAAUGACUGUAGAAUUACUAGGUGUGGUUAUACUGGUGAAGAUGGGUUUGAAUUAUCCGUAGCCGCAAAUAAGGUUGAAUCGAUUGUUAUGGCUUUAUUGGAAAAUUCAGAUGUUAGGAUGGCGGGACUAGGUGCUAGAGAUUCUUUACGGUUGGAAGCUGGUCUUUGCCUUUACGGUAGUGACAUUUCAGCUGAUAAUACUCCAGUGGAGAGCGCAUUAACCUGGCUUGUGGCUAAAAGAAGAAGAGACUUAAGGAACUUUCCUGGGGCUGAAGUGAUACUCGAGCAAAUCAAAACAGGUACUAGAAUCAAAAGAAUUGGCUUAACAACAACAUCAGGACCACCUCCACGUCAUGGAGCAAAGAUCCUUUCGGAAGAUGGUGAAGUUAUGGGGUUCGUAACAUCAGGCUGUCCUUCACCAACUCUAGGUUUAAAUAUAGCUAUGGGUUAUGUGCUUUCACAGUUCAGUAAGACUGGGACUAAAAUAGGAUUGAAGAUCAGAGAUAAGACAUAUCAAGGAACUGUUAGUAAAAUGCCAUUUGUAACUCCAAAUUAUUACAAUAAACCCAAAGUGUAAAAUAAAUGUUUUUACUUAAUGUAAACAUCUUUCUUAAAUAAUAUAUAUAUUUUUUCAA